AUGACAUUCCAAUUCCAACUGGAAGCAGGAACCAUUGUCACAGAUGUACCAAUUUCAGUUCGCGGAUUACGUGUAUGUUCACGAAAACAUUACGUCUUCACCUCCACAGCUGUACUACAACGAGUACACAUGCCUGCAGAUAGAAAUUGUAUAGAUCGAUGCGCAGAGAAUUUAUCCUUUUGUAAAACUGCCGUUUUUACUCCAUAUAGUGAUAAGUCUAUGGGAGUCUGCACAUUGUUUUCGGAGAGCAGUCUUGAACAUCCAGCAGCACUUCAUCCAGAUUCCGCUAUAGAACCGGUGUCGACUGUUCACGAAUUUCUGGAAGUGUGUUCGGAAUUUUCUAUAUCCGAACUUAUUCACAAAAUUUCUACGAUUCAUCGAAGAAGGUUAGAAGCCAGUAAAGGGAAUAUGGAAGUGCCAGAGCAAGAUGUGCGAUCAGAUGCUUCUUUUCCAGACAGGGAUCGAUUUGAUGAUGAAACAUCAGUCCGCUUAAUUGCAGAUCGAUAUGCAUACCCCAUUGCUUGUCCCCCGUCUUAUUCGCAAGUUACUCACUCAGCAUGGAGUGAAUGGAGCACGUGUUCACAAACCUGCGGCCCUGGUGUAACAAAGAGAUACUGCUUAGGAGUUGGUUGUCCUGGUUCAUCAGUAAAGCCGUGCGUUCUUGUUGCUGUAUGUCAGGAAUGGACAAGAUGGACGGCUUGGAGCAUGUGUUCGGUCACUUGUGGAGAAGGUGAACGAAGGAGAACUAGAGAGUGCAUAGGUGGACGUGACUGUCCUGGCGUUAGCAUGACAGUGGAGACAUGUUCAUCAUUUCCGUGUCCAUCUUGGACGAAUUGGGGACCUUGGGAGGGAUGUAGUGUGACCUGUGGGCAAGGCCACGAUAGAAGGAGUAGAAUAUGUCAGAUACUUUUGCUUACAACUUACCAGUUAGAUGCGGGGUUUAUUGCACAGCUCAAUGAGAAGCUAUUCACGCAGAAAGAUGUUACUUCAAAACCUUUCCUCGGACCAUUCGGGCUGCCCUCUAUUCCUCUGUCACGGUCACGCACAAGAAAAUGUGAGAAUGGGAAAUGCGAAGGAGCAUCUGAUGAGCGACUUUUGUGCAAUCAACAGGAUUGUCCGAAAUGGACGGAAUGGACGUCAUGGACUGUCUGUGCAAACAAAUGCGAUGAGGACACGUAUCGAAUAAGGAGCAGGAUUUGCAUGUAUGGUGGAGCUCCUCAUACGGGAUGUGAAGGCCCUGCUCAGGAUCAGUCUUACUGUCCUACACGCUUCUGUCCUAUUUGGUCAGAUUGGACAGAAUGGAUGCGAACAUGUGAAAGCGGGAGAGAUUGUCCAGGGUCAAGUCGAGAGAUACGUUUCUGUCAGCUGAUAAGUUGUCCAUAUUGGGACCAGUGGAUGGAUUGGAGUGGCUGCUCCGUCACAUGUGGUAUUGGCGUCUGCGAGCGUCGAAGACGGUGUGUUACCGAUGAUCUUUUGAAUUUACCAAAUCUGGAUGAGUUCGAUGAGGCUUUUUUCGAGAUGGAUUCCGAAAAAGCAAAGUCAGUUCUCAUUGCUCGUUCGCGGUCUGACGUUUUAAAUCCGGCCAAUCGUAGUUACACAAUCGAGGAUGUUGCAAGACGAGCUCCUGUACGAACGGCUAUGGAUAAUAGCGGCACAUGCACUGGUUCAGAUGUGGAAAGGAAAUCGUGUGAUGCCGGUAGAGAGUAUACGCUGAUCAACUCCUUGCUAGUCCAUGUUGCUCAUGGAAUUCGUGGAGUGAGUGGUCAUCAUGUACUGGAUGUGGCUCGCAAACAGUAUCCAGACGAAGUCGAGUAUGUCAAGUCGCUGAAUCGAAUUCCAUUUUUCCGUUCUCUUCAUCGCAGAGGCACACAAAUGGUGAUUGGAAGUGGCGCCAUGCGAAAUCCAGGUAACAUUCACGUUAUAGACGCUCAAAGAGCAGUGGUCGUUGUUGUCGUCGUUGUUGUCGUUGUUGUUAUUGCUCUUAUUGCUGUGGUUGUUGUUGUUGUUGCUGUUGCUGCUGUUGUCAUUGUUGUUGUUGUUGUUGUUGCUCGAUGGCUAACGUUUCGGCCAUUUCGAGGAGCCGACAGUGCUGUGAUGGCCCUUCCGUUGAAAUACGAUCGUGUGAAUGUGAACAAAAGCAGUCAUGUGAAUGGACAGAGUGGAGUGAAUGGUGUGGCUGCCUACGGUGUCGGAGAGGUAGAGAAACAAGACGUAGGUUCUGCGAACGCGAAAGUACCCACGUCUUUGCGAAAUAUCCAAUUCACAAGUGUAGCUGUGCUGGUCGAGAUAACGAAGAAAGAGAAUGUGUCGUGGAACCGGUAG